AUCCUCCACUCUCUCUCCUCAUCUUUUUUUUCUCUAUUCAAAUCCUCUCUCUCUUUUACAAGACCAAUAACAAAAACAAAACAAUGGCAUCAAAACGCCAGAGAAGCGAUGCAGAAAUAACCGAGGAGCUGAGGGAGGGAGAAGAACUCAAACGCCAAAAAUCAUACAAUCAAAUCCUAUCCCUUUUAGAAGAACAAGAAGAACAAGAAGAAGAAAUUGAAGAUUUAUCCUCAAUUAUCACCACCCUCCAACAAGAAAUCUCUUCUCCAAUCAUCCAAACACAAACAACACAGACUGGACUUACACACUCUCUUUCUCUACAAGAUUAUUCUUCUUCAUCAUCAUCAUCUUCUUCUUCUUCUUCUUCUUCUGUAGCUAAUUCUCCUAAAUGUAUUAUCAACAAGGAGGAGUUAGAAGAAGAGGGUGAAAGAGAAAAAGUCAUGAGACACCUUCUGGAAGCUUCAGAUGAUGAACUUGGGAUUCCAAAUGGAGAGUUUUUUGUGGGUGAUAAUGGAGUUGAUGGAGUGGCUUUGUGUGAUGCUUUGUGGGAAUUGGAAGAUGAAGCUGCUAAUUACUAUACUCUUUUUCAAUCUCAGCUUUUUAUGUAGCCUUCUUCUUCUUCUUUUUUUUUUUUUUCCUAUUAAUUAUGGAAUCAUAUUGUAGGAGUAAAUUAUUCAGUGUUAGAAGAACAAUUCAAAAGAACAAAAAGAAAAAGAAAAAGAGAGGAUUAUUAUAUUGAUUGAAAGAAGGGUUAAAAAAGCUCAUCAUCUCUGUUCUUCUAAGCAAAUGGGAAGAGUAGUCUGAAUUUCAAUCAUCUUAGAAUGAAACCAACAGUUUCAACAACAA